UUCCUGGCCGGAGGGUUUAAAAGGCGCCUCGGUUAGGGUCGCUCAGCUGGAGCGACCGAGCGGUGCCAGGCCAGGUGUGCGCGUCCGUCGGUCAGUCCGUGCCCGCGCCGGAGACCAGUCCCGGAAGCCGCCCGGGCCCGACCCUGCGCCCGGCACCAUGAAGCAGGAGCCCGCGGCUCAGAGCAUCCCGCCCCCCUCUCCUCCCUCGCCGCCCUCCGCGCAGCAUCCCCGGGACGACAGCGAUCCUCCAGCGCUGUGGAUUUUCGGGUACGGCUCCCUGGUGUGGAGGCCCGACUUCGCCUACAAAGACAGCCGUGUGGGCUUCGUGCGCGGCUACAGCCGCCGCUUCUGGCAGGGAGACACCUUCCAUCGGGGCAGCGACAAGAUGCCUGGCCGCGUGGUGACCCUUCUUGAAGAUCAUGAGGGCUGCACUUGGGGCGUGGCAUACCAGGUUCGAGGUGAGCAGGUGAGCGAGGCCCUGAAGUACCUGAACGUGCGGGAGGCGGUGCUUGGUGGCUACGACACCAAGGAGGUCACCUUCUACCCCCAAGAUGCCCCCGACCAGCCACUGAAAGCCUUGGCCUACGUGGCCACCCCACAGAACCCUGGUUACCUAGGCCCCGCGCCUGAGGAGGCCAUUGCCACUCAGAUCCUGGCUUGCCACGGCUCCUCAGGCCACAACCUGGAGUACUUGCUGCGCCUGGCAGACUUCAUGCAGCUCUGUGGGCCCCAGGCGCAGGACGAGCACCUGGCGGCUAUCGUGGACGCCGUGGGCACCAUGCUGCCCUGCUUCUGCCCCAGCAAGCAGGCUCUGGCACUGGUCUGAGGGACUGAGCCCCUUGCAGGGGUGCCCAUGUGGACAUCGGGACCGGACCCCUGCUCCGGUGCACAUAAACGGACUUGGUUCAGCCAGAAUCCACUGAGGGGGCAACGUGGGUGGCGCAGGGCAUCUCUCCCUAAGCCUGGGCUACCCACCAGCCUCCAGCUCUCCUUCCUGAUGCUGAUUUAUUACUUGAAACUUUAUUUAUUGCACCAUGCUGAUGUGGGCAGGGUGGGGGGGCCUGCCCGGGACACAGGGGCCCUGCUGAGCGGUGGCCCCACCCCAGGCCCCUGGUGCCUGACCAGACACCCCCCCAAUGCUGCUGCUAAUCCCACAACCCCCAGGUGAGGCCCCCCAGGGAGCCUCCAAGAGUCAUGACCCCCAGAAAUACCCCUGCCAAAGGUCCCAGCCCACCGGAUAAUGGAUAACAGGGAGUGAGGGGAGGGGCCCUGCCAAAACUGAGGCCUCUGCCAGCCCCUCACUCCCUGGUCCCCUGGGCAGAGCUGGAUCUGAUGCCCAGACACAGCUGCUGAGGCUGGGCCUAGGUCUCUUACCCAAUUGGCUUUGUUUUCCUGUUCCUCUGUCUGACUGCCUGCUUGUCUUGUCUGUGGGUCUGUUCCUGGGAAGCUCACCACUGUAGGCCCUGGUGCCCUCUCAGACCAUCCCAUACUGUCAUCCAUAAACUGAUUUCUUAUUA